AUGACGUCAUGUUGAGGAAACGAAACCUAAAGUUCAGGGAAACCAAAGUUACUCGACAUGCAAGCAGUUCUCUCUUUUAGGAGGAAAUAAAACGCAUUUUGGAACAGACAGACUGACAGACAGAAACAACAACAAGGAAUGGCCUCUGCUACUUCCUGGUCUGAAGAGAACUUUUCAUGUUCCAUCUGUUUGGAUGUGUUCAGCAGUCCAGUUACCACACCAUGUGGACACAACUUCUGCAGAACCUGCGUUACAAAGUUCUGGGAUGAACAAGUCCAGUACCAAUGUCCUGUUUGCAACGAGCUCUUCCACACUAGACCCGAUUUACGGGUAAAUAUCCUCUUAUCAGAGCUGGCAGCUCAGUUUAAAACGUCUGUACGAGUAAAAGAGCAGCCUUGUGUUGAAACAAGAGAUGUUCCCUGUGACGUCUGUACUGGGAUCCAGCUGAAAGCUGUGAAGUCCUGCCUAGAAUGUUUUACCUCUUACUGCCACAUCCACCUGGAGCGACAUCAGAGAGUCGCACGCCUGAAGAAACAUCUGCUGGUUGAGCCUAUGGAAAGUCUGGAAGAUAGGAUGUGUAAGAAUCAUGAACGACUUCUAGAGCUCUUCUGCAGGACUGAACAGGUGUGUGUGUGUAAGUUCUGCACAGAGGGUGACCACAGGUACCAUCCUGUUGUACCUCUAAAGGAGGAAUAUGAAGAGAAGAUGGCCCAGCUGGGUAACAUAGAAUCUGAAGUUCUGCAGAUGAUCCAGGAGAGAAAACUAAAGAUUAAGGAUAUUAAAGACACCUUUGAUUUGAGCAAGAAAGAUGCAGACAGAGUGAUAGCCUAUGGUUUGCAUGCCCUCACCGCUCUGAUGCGCUGCAUUGAAAAGUGGCAGGAUGAUUUCAACCAAACGGUUAAAGAGAAUCUGAAAUGCACAGAGAAACAAGCCGAAGACCUUAUCCAAGAGCUGGAGCAGGAAAUCGAGGAUCUGACCAAUAGAAGCUCAGAGCUGAAGCCACUCUCACACACUGAAGACCAUCUCCAUUUCCUCCAGGCCUUCAGAUCCCUGAAGGAUCCUCCAUCUACCAGGGACUGGACGACGGUGGAGGUCCAUCCUCCGUCAUAUGUAGGGACCUUGAGGAGAUACCUGGAUCAGCUGGUGGAGACACUGAACAAGAAACUGCGUGAUACUGAAGUGAGGAGGAUCCAGCAGUAUAAAGUAGAUUUGACUUUGGAUUCUGAUACAGCUCAUCCCUAUCUCACCCUGUCUGAGAAUGGGAAACAAGUACAUUAUGGAGGUGUAAUGAAGACACUCCCAGACAAACCUAAGAGAUUUACAUUGUUUCCAUUUGUUCUCUCGGGGAAGAGCUUCUCCUCAGGGAGAUUUUACUUUGAAGUACAGGUUAAAGAAAAUAAUGUAUGGUAUUUAGGAGUGGCCAGAGAGUCCAUCAACAGAAAAGCUCUCAUCCCCUUGACCCCUAAGAAUGGCUGCUGGAUAAUAUUUUUCGACAAGAAUGAGUUUGUAUUUCAUGAUUUCAACAGUGUUGUCCGUCUUCCUCUGAGAGCUAAGCUCCAGAAGGUGGGAGUGUUUGUUGAUUAUGAUGCAGGUCUGGUCUCCUUCUAUGAGGUGGAAGCCAAGAUUCAUAUCUACUCUGCUACUGGCUGCACCUUUAGUGAGCCUAUCUAUCCACUCCUCGGCCUAUGUGCAAUGUUCUUUGGUUGCAGAAAUUCUAACCCCCUGAUUAUCUCAGCUGUCAAUCAAACAGAUUAAGACACUGUUGGUGUUACAAAUUCCCCUAUGUAUAUGUUUGAUUUGGUAAUUCUUUCAGACAAACGAUUGCUUCAUAUUCUAGGUCAUUCCACCAGCUGUCGUUACUAUGGAGAAUAUGGAGUGUGCGUUAGCGUUCUUGAAAAAGUGAUUUAUUAUUUGUUGAUUAUGCUGAUAGUUAUGUUUGACUACUGUAUUUCACUGUGGUAACCGUUUAAUUCAUGUACAGAUAUUUUGUUGCACUUCUGUCACAUUGCAGAUACCAAACAGAUUUGACAUUCCUAUUUUUGUAUGCACCUUAAUCUACAUAAAGACCCUCAAAUCAA